AUGACGCAGCUGUCGAUACUGGCUACCAGCGGUAUAUUUGCAGCGUAUGCGGCGGUCAGCUACGCCGUGCUACAGCAAGUCAACAUGAACGUGCCGAACGCCUACAUGGAUGAGAUAUUCCACAUUCCACAGGCGCAGCACUACUGCCAGGGCAACUUCCAUGUCUGGGACCCCAAGCUGACUACGCCGCCAGGACUCUACCUCUUCUCGACGCUGCUCAACCGCAUAUUGGGACACCUGUGCUCGGUCAGCUUUUUGCGUCACACAAACUGGAUAACGAGUCUAGUGUUAUUCUGGAUUAUUCGUGAUCUGCAAGGCCAACUGCGCCCGGGGAUCCAACUGGCGCUGAAAAGUCUGUCGCUGGCGUUGUUUCCCGUGACGUUCUUCCUCAACCACCUCUACUAUACGGACACAUUGUCCGUGGCGCUAGUUUUGGGCAUGUACGCUGUGAGUCUGAGGGACAGACAUUGGGCUGCGGGCGGGCUGGGAUUUUUGUCUCUUUGGGUGCGGCAGACAAAUGUCAUUUGGGUCGUCUUUGUCGCCUCCACCGUGGCGCUGCGCCAAGUGCACGGAUCUGUGGGCGAGCAGAUAAAUCACUGGCCCUCUGGUGCCUGA